AUGGAAAGUCAUGAGAGUAUUUUACAAAAAGUCAAGGAUGGUGUUUAUGAGCUGACAAGGAAAGAAAAUUCGAAAAGCAGAAUAUGGAAUACUUACGCACAGAUCAGAAAAGAUGAUGGCACCAUUUUAGAUGGUUAUGUAUGCUGUUGUAGAUGUUCGCGUUUAUAUAAAUUGAAUGGCAAUCAGACGUCGAACUUGAAUCGUCAUAAGUGCGCUAAAUUGGCGGCGCAAGAAGAGGCCGUUAGUAAUAAUGACGAUGUAAAAAAUGAAAAUGAUCUCGAUGAGGAUGUUAAAGAAUGUGAGGAGUUUUUUUCCAAUUUUAGACGCAGCGAACUACAAAUCGGCGAGGCCUCUUCACAUGAACUAUCACUUUGUAACAGCGAUACAAAUGCAGACAUCACAGUAAAUCAAAAUCAGGCAACACCUAAAAGGUCAUUGAUACACGCCAAGCAGUUGGAUAAUCUAUGUGACAUGAUAAAAGUUGAUCUGCAAGAUGUCUCCGAUGAAAUUUUCUUUGAAGCUAAAUGGAAAAUAUUGGAUGUGUUACGUGAAGUACACAGAAAAAAGUUAACGAAUAACUUCAAAUAAAUGAAGACAGCUGUGAUGUUACAUUAAAGAUCGAAAAGAUCAAUGUACAUCUUAAAGAAAAUAACAAUAAUCAUAAUAAUUUAGUAUUUACAAUAUUACUAGAAUAAGUUUAUAUUUUACGUCAUAAAAUUUACGUUCGCAGAUAUCUAUAAAUCCCAGAGAAAUUUUCAUUUAGAUUAUGUAUAUGCUUUUUAAUACAUAAUACUUUGUAAAACUUA